CCUAAUAUUUCCAUACAACUCACCAGUCCAAUUUUAUAUGCACAUAUUUAUACACACAAACACGUAAACUCUUUUCAGGGGAAGGAAGAUCAAAUUCCUCACAAGAAAGCUAUGCACAUAUUUUAACAGACAGAGAAAAAUACUUUAGCUUGUCAUUAGACUGUUUUUUUUUAACUUUAUCUCAUUUUUGUCUUCCUAGUAUAUCUGUUAUCCCUAGUUAUGGCUCUACUCCUGCUGUACUUUAUGUUUUAUUAUUUUAUUGCUCCCUGUUUUAUUAUUUUAUUGGGAGAGUUAUUCUGUUAUUUUUCCAUGAGAUAUAUUCUGGCUUACCACAGUGAUCAAAUGUUGGCAUAUGAAAUGUGAAAUGAAGCAAAAUUUAGACAUCAAAUAGCAGCAAAUGUAAUGACUUUGAUUUUUUUCCUGUUCUUUACGGCAGUUAAAAAUGUAAGAAUUUGAGAUUUGCUUUUGACUGUUUAAACUUGGUUUAACUACAAGUUGCAGAUGAGUCACAGAAAUGAAAAUAUCAUACAAAUUUGUUUAAACCAUGAAACGUGCAGGAUAGCUUUUGUUUAGUUCCACUUUCUUCCUUAAGCUACUAAUCGGUGACAAGCAGGAACCUCACAAUUAACUCUUUGCAAUAAAAUCUGGGUCAGGAAGUUCUCUGAAGUAGGCAGUUAUUGCAGUUUAUAAAGUCAUUAUUUCUAUUCCUAUGAGAUGUUUUAUUUAAUCUGUUGGUGUGCUGAGCCUGCUUAAUAUAAGUAACUGGAAUAUCCUUUGCGAGCAGUCUGAAUAGGGAAAUAGUCUACUAAGGACAAUUUUUGUUGUUUGCAUUAAUUUUCUUUACAGCAACUUGUUUUCUUAUUGGUUUCCUAGUAGUUAUAUGCAGUAAGGUAUGAACAAAUAUCUUACAUACUCAAUUUAGCUGUGAACAAAGGUAAAAUUGUAGUUGCAGGAAAUACAGGAAGUGUAUUGCCUUCCCCAUUUGUUAAAAGGACAAGGCUCCAGUAACUCAAAUCCUGGGUGUUUUUCAAAUCAAAACAAACUUCUACAAAGAAUUUUACACAUCAGCAGCACAACAACUGAGGUUUUUUUAAUUCAGAUGAUCUUCUAAAAGAAGCAUGUCUUCAUAAUUCAGAUUUGCUUCUUGCUCUUUGUAUGAUGGUUAUAUGUUACAGGUCGUUCUGAACAACAUUAAUUUAUAUUCUUGCACAUCUUAACUAUAUAUCUGUGAAGUAAUUCUUAUGGAUCUUCUGAAUGUUGAGCAAGACAGCUCAGUUUUAGGCACAAAUGCAACAAUAUAUGAGGAUUCACCAUCAGCCAAGAUGCAGGUGAGCUAGGCUGUGAAAAUUGUAACCACGUCAUAUAAUGCCUCCAUCUCUCCUAUCUUUAGAAGUGUUCUCACUUUAUUUCCUCUCCAACCACCAUCUCGCCCUCCUUCUGAAACACGUGACAGUUAUAAGUGCAGGUGGCAGAGAACAAUGGCUAUGAAGGACAAUGCCAAAUUCUGAACUGGAGUAUUCAUCAGAGAGGGUCUCAUUUCUGCUAUUUAGAUAUUUUAACUUUCCUCUUCUGAAUUGCCCUGGGGCAAGUUUUGAAAAGGCAGUAACAACACUUGCAGUUGCUUGGUCACAGUAAUGUUUUGCUGACUGUGCUUAAGAAAAUGGAGCUGCAUUAACAUUCUGCUUUUUUCCACAACAGAUGGGUCCAGAAGAGUGGAAUGAAUGAAGCCUGGAUUCCUGUCCAUUUGUCUCCUAAUAGCUCUCCAUUGCAAUCAGCUGUCUCUCACCUCAUGCUUCUUGUCCUCACCCCAGCCAGAGACACAACGUGCUGUACUGAGGUCAGAGCCGUGUUCCUGGUCAGGCAGCCUGUGUAGUAACUGACCAUGUUGCUGAAGUCUAAUAGAAGGUAUCAUGGUUGCUUUUGCCCUUCCUUUUUCUCUGUUGGGACAGACAAAAAUGUAAGGAUCUUUUUCCUAACCCAGCAGAGCAGUCUGGUGACAAGUGCGUGAGUUAUAUUCACAGCACCUCAUGAAAUUUCCAGCAGUACCAAGGGCAAAUCACUUGCCCUCCGCCUACAGAUGGGUCUGCAUUUAUGGAAUUGGUUUGAUACUUUAACCUACUAAUAUAUUUGUUUUCUAAAUAUUUAUGUGGCCCUUUACAUGGAAAAAAAGACAGAAAUAGCAUUACAAACAAGGGUCAUAUCUUCCCGUUCUCAUCUUUCUGUCACCGGACACUGCGGCUGCACAAGCUGUCAAGCUGCUAGGGGUUCCCAGUACAGCCAAAACAGCCAAAGUAGGUGAAAGGUUGUGGAGGAGCACACAAACAAGCUGGCAUGCCUCCUCAGUAGUUCAGUGAGGGAAAGGUUCUGCAGCUGCUCCAGCACUUACACAAUCUCCUGUGGCUGCUCAUAACUUGCAAAAGUCAAGAGUACAGUAGCUGGAUCAUUUUACAGAUGGAGCUGUGGCUGGUCAGCAGCCUGCUUGGAGCUGUAAACAUGGCAACUCAGCAGCCCUGAACAGGAGACACCCUUUUUCCUCAUUCCCUGCCUUUGUUACCCAUGUCUGAAAUUAUCUGUUACCUCCUUUAAAAUCAUGGAAAAUGAAACUGGAUUGCUGGUUUCAAAAUUGCUUUUCCAAAAAAUAGCUAGAGACUUGCACGAGAUUAACUGUGGGUGUUUAAACUAGGAGUGUAGAGAUAGCCAAGGGGAAAAAACUGUUUUGGAGUAUAGCUGUACAAUUCAGGAAAUAAAGCUAGGACUCAAACUGUGAUAAAAGUAGGGCUCAAAAGUGUUUAUCUUGAAAUGCUUGUCACCAUUCAGGAGGCUGCUUACUAAGUAGGGGAAUAGUAAUCUUCAGCCAAGUACACCAUUGCAGAGGAAAUAAAGGUAGGCUUUCAGAGUGGGCUGGCACUGAUCUAAAGUACAUAGCUAGACACAAAAUAAUGUCCUUUUCCGGCCUCAGCUGACUACCAUAGCAGUUCUUGUGGAAAAGCAUGUGGCAUCCUCCAUGAGAGCUGCAGAUGCAGAGGAAAAUAAAGAGGAAAGGUAUCAUCAGGUCAGGUGCCACUUUGGGCCAUGGCUGCCUUUACUGUGAACAGCCCUGCUCUAGAGAAAAUCAGCUGGGAAAAAGUGGACAUCUUAUGAAAAGUCAGGGAAAAAGUUAAUGUUACCAAAAGAAUACAUCUUUUAAGGUCUAAAUAUGUUUCAUCUGAACAGUUAUGGUUUUUCUGUAGGAAUAUGGAAAUGGGGUUAGUGGAACAGGAUAUUUCAAAUUAAAAGCUUUGGAUUAGACAUUUGACACCUCACCCUGAGAAGAAGAAGUUCUAGCUUCACCUGUAACCCUUACAUGGGUCAGGGGCUUUGAACUGGUACACAUAGUGGGGUUUUUUUUCAGAGUAGAUUACUCUGGGUGAAGAGCAAAUGUUUUUGCUAAGUUUUCUAUCAGAUGUGCUUGAUACUGUUGACUGUAGCAGGACCGUUGGUAAAGUGGAUGUGGUGGCUUGAGUUUCGGCUCCAAACUGGAGCCUGAAACUUACUCCAGGUUAUGUUGUCUGAGGGUGAUAUUAGCAACCAUUCCCAGUUGUUCCCUCUCAGCAUUUCCUUCAUCAGAUUUGCAUUUUAGUGUCCACAUCAUCUGAACUUGAAUGAGAAGUUUAGUCUAGGAAAUAGUAAGCCAAGACAUCAUCUAGAAAAGGGCUCUCUAUGGUGUUACCUGGCCACUCUUUCAAAAGGCUCAUGGUAUCUCUUGAAUUCCUAAGCACUCUCCUUAGUGCUUAGGAUUACUCAAGGGAAGUUUGUUUUUUGUUUGCAACAUCCUGACUACUAUCCCUGAAGUGUGAAUUCACAGAUACUAAUCAGUUGUUCUCAUAAAGACUGAGUUUCCAUAACAUACUCUACAGGGGUUGUCUACACAGUAGGUCUGUGGGAGUUUUCUUACUUGAUUAAAUGUAUAGCCCCAGGCUAAGGUGUGAUAACUGCAAUUAAAUAUGAAAAUGUAGCUUGUGUAUUAAAAUAUUCUUGAUAAAGAGACAGUACAAUUUAAAAUGUUGCACUGCACAAUUAAAAUGUUUUGCCUUUGGGUCUGAGGAAGUGCAAAAUAUUUUUAUGUCAUAACUAACAGAUAAUGGGUAAAUUGUCAAUACAACAUUGCUGGAACAUUGACAAGAGUUGAAGCAAGGGAACUCUCACUCUCUCAAUUUAUUGUGGCAAAAUCUCUUGGUAUAUUAGGCAAAAUCUGCAGUUCUGCUAUGCAGCAUUAAGCAUGUUUUCUUGUUAUUGUAAUUCUUUAAUAUUAUUUAUUACUCUAUCCACUUUGGUAUUUUCAAACUCAAUUUUCAAUUUAGUCCUUAUCUAAUAGUCACUGAAAUGAAAAUAACAAAAUCAUCAGAACUAUGGUGGUACUUGAUUUCCAAGAUUUCUGUCUACCUAAAGUGACAUAAAAACCCACACUAGUUUCAUGUCUUUGUUUCAUUUACUGAAAUUACACCAAUAUUCUAAAUUUACUCUGGUAGUUACAUUUAUAUGCAGGCAUUCGUGAACAUACAUUUUGGUUUUAUAUGGGAAAAGACCCCUAGAUAUCAAAAAAUACUGAAGGAAGAAAUUACUGAAAUAUUUACCUAUUUAAAAGUUUAGAAUAUGUGCAAAUACAAGUCUCAAUUCCCUGUUAUCUGGGGCAUAAUAUCUGGGUACAAAUAAUCAGCAGUUAGUUUGCAGGCAUUGGUUUCAAAAAGCCCCCUUUGAAAGAAAAUAUUUUAACAUACUCACUGGAGGACACAGUCUGAAACAGAGAUGAAAAAUAUCUUUGUCUGUUGUGAAACUAAUUGAAUUUAAAAGUUUGAAAAAAUAUAUUAAGACAUAUUUUCACUGCUGAAAACCAGAUUCACUAAAAUGUGUAAGAUAUCCUUUUACAGCUUAUAAGAAGCAGUGUAAUUUCUUCUUGCAAACUCACACAACUACUGUUGACGUGAGAGUUGUUAAGCCUUCCAUUUUGUGGAUACUCAUAAUAAAUAUGUAUUUAAGUAAAGUUGAAUAUUUGGGCAUUUCCUCAUUCCCAGGAAGAAAUACAAGCUCCUUAUUCUCUGUUUCAACAGUAUUGGAGAAAUGUUUUGAAAUUUCAAUAUUCAGAUCAAGAGAUAAAUCCAAGGUAAACAACCUUGAAGAUACUCUAGACAAGAGGAAACUUGGUAAUCACCACAACAGCCCUUGCUAGCUUUCAGCAGGUGCUGAGAGGCAGGGCAGUGCUUUCCCCUGCGUUGGGUAUUGGACAGUUUUCCUUCUGCUUUUUUGUUCCAGAUAUGCUACAUGGAAUCCUGAAAACCAGUUCCUUAUUUGCAGCUGCUUAUAUGCUGAAGCUGAGUAAAGAGAGAUAAGAAUAUUAUUAAAGAAGCAAUGUGGGAUUUAAUUGGUGUAAGAUACUGCAAGGGAUAUUGCACGGGAGUGAUGCCAUGCUGAAGCAAAUGAGUGUAUCUGUGUUUAUUGGUAUUUUGGGCUUACAGCAUGCACAUCGAAUGAUGUACAUGCUUAUCACCUCUCAUGUAUGGAAACAGUUUUUAAAUUCUAAGCAUUUCAGUUAAAAGAAGUCAAAUCAAAUCAAUGCCAAGAAUCCUAGUUAGGAUGUAAUUUUUGCUGAAAAUUACCUUCUUCAAGGCCUUGGAGGAAAAACCAGCAAUUUAGUAAAAUUGAACAAAUAAAGACAUUUUAUCACAUUCCCCCUUAGUCAAACCUUCAUUAAAUUUCCCCUAUUUUUGUGAAAUACAGUAAGUUGAUAUGGUAUUAUUUGCCCUUUCCAUGAGAAAGACUCAAAAAAAUGUUGGACUGCAUUUGAGAAGCAGUCUCUAGUUUUGUGUGAGCACUUCUUGCUGCUAAAUAAAGGCUGCAAGACCUUGCAGGUCUGAGAGAUUUCAGUCAGAGUUAUGAACUCUGAACAGAGUUAUAGCACCUUGAGAAAUUAGGUGGUAGGCCUGACCAACAUGCUGAAUUAAACUGUACUGUUGAAAACAUGGGAUAAAUCUCCAUCUGAAGUCACUCAAAGAGCAUUUUGACUCCAAUAAUUUUCUCUUUCAAAUAAAAAGGGUGUCUCUGUUUAACCAUUCCUGGAGAAAAAUAUCUGAUAUUGUGCUUUUGAAACAUCCAGAUAAUUCUGGUCCUUUACAGUCAGUUCAUGUUUCAAAUCUCGUGCCAAAUGCUCAAAUCCUUGGACUGGAGAAGACCCAGAGGGAACUCAUAAAAUUAUAUAGGAAAGGCACCAAUUCACUCUUGCUGAGAAGUAAUUUGGUUUGGUUUAGUAACCUGUGAAAUAGUUCUGUAAAAUUAUGAACUUUAAGGAAACUGUAAAGAGUGUGAUUAUUGACAUCUGCUGUAGGUGACCUUUAUGUGCUGAAAAGAUCACAAGGUAGUAAAGACAAAAAAAUUACAACCUCCUUUCCUUCUCUCUAAUGGUCUGAAAUUGAAAAAUUGGAUCUAUUGAACCCCAGUUAAAGUCAGGACAGCCAAAUAAAACAAGGCUACAGCCUGCAACUUGCAGUUUCCCAAGUGUGUAAUUUAUAUACUUUAGAGACUAAAUGCAACUGCUCGAGGGAGUUGUGAGUCCCCACUCUCACCUGAACAUAAAUCACUUCAUGUUAUUUCCGUCCAUUCACUACCUCUUCCAUUAACUUCCCCCUCUGUGGUAAAGAAACGUAUCGCAGCAUUUCAAAGGAAUAGAUGUACAUGUGCAGAUCAUCCAAAGCUGUUUGUUCUGAUUCUUUUCUCAGGGCAGUCAUAAGGGCUGUGUACCUUGCUAUCUUUCCUACUUCUCAGUAUCUUUUCUGGCUGUUCUUUGUUUGCUGUUUGUGUUAACAUAAUCUAGGCUUCUGGCAGCUUUAUGAAAUUUGUACUGGUAUUGAUCACCUUGCAGGAUAUGGCAAAUGCCUUAACGUCACUGUUGCUGGCAUUACAGCACCACGUAGCAGCUAACAUUUUAAGUGCAUGAGCUGUGCAAAUGACCUUUUAGCUCUCCUUAAGAGCAUCUCACAGUUGUCCUGAGUCAGCGUGCCAGUUACCACAGUUGUCUGAGGGUGGUAUUUUAAGUGUCCCGUGUCAUCUUGAUAAGGGACCAAAAAGGCAGUAGCAUGACACUGGGUAUGCCCUAUGACACAGAUAUUGCCUGAGUGUGCUGGAUGCUGGGAAAUGCUGAAGAGGACCCAGACCAGAGCCAGAAUAGCAUUGCUUUCCUCAAUUGCUCUGCCAAUGUCAUGUCCAUAAUUGCUCAUGGACUGGUAGAGGAAACAUGGAAUAUCUGAACUGAGAGAGACCAUCAGGGAGAUCUGGUGCCAGCAACCUGCGUGGAGGAAAGGAGGAGAAACUGAUAAUUCCCCUGUAUGAGGACCAACAUCUGAGUGCACUCUGUGAUCAGGAGAGAAGCGAGGGACACUUAACCUUGGAACUGCCUGUCUCUUCUCCAGAUGUAGUAAGAAAACAUUAGAAAGGUUUUUCCUUUCUUUCUGCAGACCAUUUCCAGAUGUCUCACAGGCUACGUGGGAAUAUGAUCUGUGGAUGGGCACUUAGAUGAUAUGGCCACCAGAGUCUGAUCACUUUUAACAGCCCAGGAGAGAACCAACCCUGGAGCUACUGUCACCUCAGCCUCUGCAGCAGCUGCCAGACCUUUCCUCCUCAAAAGGCGUAGGGAGUCAAAAUGUCAGACAAAAGUGAUUUAAAAGCAGAACUUGAGCGCAAAAAACAACGUUUGGCUCAGAUAAGAGAAGAAAAGAAACGGAAGGAGGAAGAAAGGAAGAAAAAAGAGGCUGAUCUACAGCAGAAGAAGGAGCCAGCUCAGGAAGAUUCUGACCUAGACCGUAAAAGAAGAGAGACAGAGGCGUUGUUACAGAGCAUUGGUAUAUCCCCAGAACCACCUCUAGUCCCAACCCCUAUGUCUCCCUCUUCGAAAUCAGUGAGCACACCCAGUGACGCAGGCAGCCAGGACUCAGGGGAUCUGGGACCCAUAGGAAGGACCUUGCAAUGGGACACAGACCCCUCAGUGCUGCAACUCCAGUCUGACUCUGAACUUGGACGCAGACUGCACAAACUAGGGGUGUCAAAGAUUACCCAGGUUGAUUUCUUACCUCGGGAGGUGGUAUCAUACUCCAAGGAGACACAGACACCUCUGGCCACACAUCAAUCUGAAGAGGAUGAAGAUGAUGAAGAGAUGGUGGAGCCAAAAACACAGGAUGACUUAGAGACAGAAAAGCAAGACCAGAAGCAGGAAGUGAAAGAAGCUCCUCCUAGAGAACUGACAGAAGAAGAAAAGCAACAAGUUCUCCAUUCAGAAGAAUUCCUGAUAUUUUUUGACCGCACAAUACGUGUAAUUGAGCGAGCUUUGGCUGAAGAUUCUGACAUCUUCUUUGACUAUAGUGGGAGAGACGUAGAAGAGAAAGAUGGAGAUGUUCAAGCAGGAGCCAACCUUUCCUUUAACCGGCAGUUUUAUGAUGAGCACUGGUCAAAGCAUCGUGUCGUCACCUGCAUGGAUUGGUCUCUUCAGUAUCCCGAAUUGAUGGUUGCAUCUUAUAACAAUAAUGAAGAUGCUCCACACGAGCCUGAUGGGGUAGCCUUGGUGUGGAACAUGAAGUUCAAGAAAACCACACCAGAAUAUGUGUUCCAUUGUCAGUCCUCCGUGAUGUCAGUCUGUUUUGCCCGCUUUCACCCAAACCUGGUCGUCGGUGGAACAUACUCUGGCCAGAUUGUCCUGUGGGAUAAUCGCAGUCACAGGCGCACUCCAGUCCAGAGAACUCCCCUCUCUGCUGCUGCUCACACGCAUCCUGUGUAUUGUGUGAAUGUAGUUGGAACACAGAAUGCACACAAUCUUAUUACUGUCUCUACGGAUGGAAAAAUGUGCUCCUGGAGCCUGGACAUGCUCUCAACUCCACAGGAGAGCAUGGAGCUGGUAUACAAUAAGUCCAAACCAGUGGCGGUCACAGGAAUGGCUUUCCCAACUGGAGAUGUCAAUAACUUUGUCGUGGGCAGUGAAGAGGGAACAGUCUACACAGCCUGUCGUCAUGGAAGUAAAGCUGGCAUUGGUGAAAUUUUUGAAGGCCACCAAGGACCUGUCACAGGAAUCAACUGUCACAUGGCAGUGGGUCCAAUAGACUUUUCCCAUCUCUUUGUCACAUCAUCAUUUGACUGGACAGUGAAAUUGUGGACCACAAAGCACAACAAGCCGCUCUACUCCUUUGAAGACAAUGCCGACUAUGUCUACGAUGUCAUGUGGUCGCCAGUGCAUCCCGCGCUCUUCGCCUGCGUGGACGGGAUGGGGCGCCUGGAUCUGUGGAACCUGAAUAACGACACCGAGGUUCCCACAGCCAGUGUCACCAUAGAAGGAGCAUCUGCCCUCAACCGUGUCCGCUGGGCCCAGGCUGGGAAGGAGGUGGCAGUUGGCGAUUCAGAAGGCCGCAUAUGGGUCUAUGAUGUCGGAGAGGUCAUAUUCUGCUUGCACUCUGGCUGUUCCACACAACGACGAGUGGACGCGCUUUGCCCGGACCUUGGUGGAGAUCCGCGCCAACCGAGCCGACAGCGAGGAAGAGGGGGCGGUGGAGCUCUCGGCAUAGAGGGAGAGGAGCAGCGCCCGCCAGAACAGCAGCUUCCCCCCUGAGUUCGCCAGUGUUCAGUGUCAGAGUCAGUCUUGCUGUGGCUUUUGAUGCCAGUGUACAUGCCAGUAUUGCUCAAAGCAUUCCAUAUUAAUCACACUGCUUUACACAAGGCUGAAAAUAUCCAGAGCAUUUUCAUACUUUAUAUUUCUGUCUGAAAAGUAAGAAAGAAAAGACAAAUCAACCCUUUAUGGGUUUAGUUGUUGCCUUUUAACUACUUAGGAGCUGUAUUUAAUAGCUAGGAACCCCUGGUUAAACUUGUGCUCACAUUGCCCUUCUGGCAUAGUCCUAUUAAAUCCAUAUGAAGCCAGAUAUGAUUAUGUGCAGAUGUGGUGUGCUUCACUGUAUGGGACUGGGCCAAAGACUUUAGAUGUGGUGUAUCACAUGGUGACUUACAUUAUGAAUGGAUGUACUAUACGAAAGUUGCUGCUCCUUAUUUAUUGCGGUGUGCUGCAUGGAACAUAUUUAUUUGAAAGCAUUAAAAUAAACGAUCCUAAAGCAUGUGCAUAAUGAGAGAACUGCAUUGUCUGUGUGCUGCUGUAGAGGUUACAUUAAAGUCCACGUAACAAUUACAGUACAUCAGUUGUGCUUAAGAUGUAAGAUCUAUAAAGGUUGGCUUGAGUGGAUGGAAUGAGCUCCCUUUCCUUUUUUUUUAAGAUGCCUAUUAUUUCUAGGCACUUUAACUAUAUUUCAGAUACAGUUGGUCACUGAUACUUGUCAUGCAAGUUAACACUAAUAGUCUGACAAAGGGUUGUGGUUCCCAAGUAUGACACUAGUAUUGCCAAUAAAAUGUAUCAGGCCUGUUC